GAGCUUGUGCGGCGAAUGGCGACAGGCAACGCAAGAUGCCUGUCCCGAGUCUUCCUCUCAAGCAAUUUGCAGAUGCCCAAGUCCUAGUUCCGCUAGGUUUCCACCUGAUUCUCCACAAAAUCGCGGCUCAGCUUAUACACUAUCUAUCCCCCGCAACACUUGCGCGUCUGAAUUCCGCCGAUCUUUUGUUCCUUGCAGAAAAGCUUCCAUCGACUGUGAACGCACUCACUGUUUCCGUUAGUUCCUUAUACUUACUAUUGAAGCGUCAACCAUACUCUGAGGAUGUUAUUGAACCUUAUCCUGAACUCUUGGACCGAACUCUUGCUGCCCAUAUCGGCUACACAUUAUAUGAUAGUUAUGUAAUGGGGAUCGUGGGAAGGCAGCAUCCAUCUGCCUGGAUUCACCACGUUCUUGGAGCCCUGGGGGCGGGUUUCAUGCGGCAUUACAAAGUAGCCAGCUAUUUUCCAGCCGUGUUCUUACCAAGCGAACUAACCGUGGUUGCGACAAAUGUCUUGUGGGUGAUGCAAAAACUGGGCAAGGAAACGGGCAAGGCGUAUGAAUUUUGGUUGAUUGUUCGAUGCGUAUUGUUUUUAUUGGUGCGUGCGCCAGCAGGACCCUUGGGUCUCUGGUACGCUCUCCGUGUUACAAAGCGAACAAACGACGCGGAUGUGAGGGAGAACAACAUUGUGCAAAAGGUGGAAGAGCGUUCCGGUCAAGGAUCCCUUCCGGCCAAGGCCACAGUUGCCAUUGCCCGGCCACUCCUCCUCUGGCAACGACUACGGCGGCUGCCAGGCAUUGUCUGGAUUCUGACAUGCAUCAAUUAUGUAGUGUUUACUGGAUUGAACACAUAUUGGACAAUUUUAGUCUUUAGGGCUUUGUUUCGCUUUAGAGCCAAGUCGGGUAUUCACCAUAUUUAGGAUAAACAGAGGGGAAUACGCUACGCUACACUACGGUUCAGUGGCGGGUUGGUAAAUACAUCUAUAACCAUGUGUGGAUCCCCGGAAGCCAACGUGUGACCCUACUGCCUUGGCAGUUAUUUCUGCGGAUCCGAAUCGUCAUACACAAUGCGGCCAAUAUGUGUGGAUUGGGAUCCAUUAAUCGUUUGAUUCCUUCAAGACGACACACAUGUUGGGGGCAAAAGAGAAUACGAUAUGGGAUAUUGUAACUUCUCUGCCAACAAAGCAUUAGGAAAUGUGUAUGGAGAAUUUCGGAUGUGAAAUAGAUGCCAUUGUUUGUUAAAAAGAGAAAUGUUGCCC